CCUCCUUGUGCCGACAACCACCAACCUUACAACAGCUAAUGUAUGUAUAUGGCACGCGGCGUCGCUUUCGCGUGCGUAGCUUCGUGCGCCUUCGCCGCACCGGUCCACCGCGAGCUCCUCCUCGACAGCGUGCUCGAUUCGGUGGGUCAUGUCGCCGGCACAGCGAAUUCUCUGGUCUCGGCGACGGCAGAGAGCGUAGCCACGGGUAGCAGCUCAUGGCUGCAAUGGGGUCGGACCGACGAAGAAUCGGAGCCUUAUGUAUCCACGUACACCACUGAUAACAGCUCCCAGCCCAAGCCGGAGCUGCUUUGGUCGGAGAAGGUGAUGCUGAUGGACGGCGUUGGCUAUCACGAGCACAGCCACACUGCAAAGGAUGGGUACUACAUCGGCAACAUCCCGCCAAUCAAGCGGCUCGGCCUCCCCUCCCUGAAUCUACACGACGCCUCGCAAGGGGUCAGGACGCACCACGCCGCCAUGAUUGCGCAGGUGACGUCCUGGCCCUGCGCUCUUGCCGCGGGAGGCACCUGGGACCCCGCCCUCGUCCGCCGCUGGGGAGUGGCGCUCGGUUACGAGUUCCUCGCCAAGGGAGUCAACGUGGCGCUCGCUCCCGGAGUCAACGUCGCACGGGUUGCGCGCGGCGGGCGCAACGCCGAGUACCUCGGCGGCGAGUCUGCACACCUCGCAUCGAGGAUGGCGGCGACGUACAUAGAGGGCAUGCAAUCGACGGGCGUGCGCGCGACGGUCAAGCACUUUGGCUUCAAUAACCAGGAGACGAACCGCAACUAUUAUAAUGCGCGCGUGGACGAGCGCACCGCCUUCGAGGUCUACUACCCGCCCUUCGAGGCCGCCUUCAAGGCGGGCGUCGCCGCCGUCAUGUGCGCGUACAAUCUGGUCAACGGCACCUACGCGUGCGGCUCAAAGGAGCUGCUCACCCGCGACCUGCGGGAGCGACUCGGCUUCGACGGCUUCGUCAUGUCGGACUGGUGGGCAGUCCACGGUUUCGGCUACCAGAACGCGGGGCUCGACAUGCUCCUGCCCGGCAACCGGAUGCUGACGGACGGCAGCCACGACUUCUUCUCGCCCGACAACCUCGCAAAGACGUCGGAGCCAGGCGUGGUCGACACCGCGGCGGACCGCGUGCUGGCCGAGGUGCUGCGGGCGGUGCCCACCUGCACUCCGCCGUACUGCGGGCAGGAGAUGCUGCGCGCCCGCGCCACCUCGGACGAGCACGUCGCCCUCUCCCGCCAGAUCGCCACCGAGUCGGUCGCCCUGCUCAAGAACGGGGGCCGCCUGCUGCCCCUGCAGAGCGGGAGUCGCGUCGCGCUCGUCGGCUCCGCGUGCGACGCGCGCAACGACAUCGAUGCGAUGCUGCGGCAGUGGAACCUCGCAAACUAUUACACGAUCGGCGGCUCGGGCCGGACCAUCCCGCUCUCGCCCGCCUCGGUCGCCGCCGGCCUGCGGGCCGCGUGGGAGAAGCGGGUGGAGUACGCGGGCGAGGGCCCCUUCCACCUGCCCCUCGACCCGGCGCCGCCCGCCGUCGAGGUGGUGAACGGCGACCACGACGACAACGUCGACCUGGCCGUGGCGGCGAUGGAGCGCGCCGACGUCGCCAUCGUCUGCGGCGCGACCACGGCGGCCGAGAGCGAGGACCGCCCCUCGCUGCUGCUCGACCAGAGCGGCUUUAUUGGCGAGGUGCUCGCCAGGGCGACGAUCCCGACGGUGCUCGUGGCGAUGACGCCCGGCGCCGUGCUGCUGCCCUUUGCGGCGAAUGCGACCGCCAUCGUGCACACGUUCCUCGCGGGCCAGGAGACGGGGCACGCGAUCGCAGACGUGCUGCUCGGGCGCGAGAACCCGUCGGGCAAGCUGCCCGUCACCAUCCCGCUCUCCGAGGAGCAGACGGUGCUGCCGUGCCAGCCGGUGGAAGGCGUGCACAUCAGCAGCGUGGCGGGACUGUGGACGCAGGGCGGCGGUGGCGGGUACGGCGUCCACUACGACUGCGACUACACCGAGUCGCUCCACGUGGGCUACCUCGGCCUCCACGACGAGCCGGUCGGCUUCCCGUUUGGGCACGGCCUCUCGUACACCUCCUUUGGCUACGAGUGGGCGGAGGAGCCGCCGGCCGCCUUCCCGCCGGGGGCGGGGGGCCGUCUCGAGUUAGCGGUCCGCAUCUCGGCGGAGGAGGGGCCAGCCUCGGGCGGACGGGAGGUGGUUCAGCUCUACCUCUCCUUCCCGGAGGGCUCGGGCGAGCCCCGCAGGCAGCUCAAGGGCUUCGUCAAGACGGAGAGCCUCGCGCCCGGCGAGGGAGUCGCCGUGGCGCUGCAGCUCACGUGCCGCGACCUCUCGAUCUGGAGCGUGGAGGAGACGGCGUGGGUGGCGGUCCCCGGCGCCUUCCUCGUCGAGGUUGGCUCGUCGUCGCGCGACCUGCGCCUCGAGGCGACCUUCACGCUGGCCGCGACGGUCUGCUCCUCGAGCGACUCGACCGGCCCGACCGCCCCGACCGGCACAACCGAGGGCGGCGUGGCGGACCCCGAGGAGUGAGGGUCCGGGCGACUCGGGGUCUCCACGAGUCGGAUCUAUUCGAGCUGGCGCGAUGAGUAUCGCCAGCUCUGUCUGCAUGCGGCAUGGCUGAGUGGGAGGGAGCGGGGCGCGCGUGCCGAGCGGCCGCGCUGCAGAGGCGUGCAUGGGCUAAGAGCGAGCGAGGUGUACUGCAUGUUGUACAUAUGUAUGUGGAAGGCGAACACGCCUCGAUGGUGCUAAAAAGAAUUCUAACACGC